AGUUUCUAAAUUACUAUUUUAGUUUAAAAGUUUAGUAUACGUGUAUACUGCUGAUUGUUAGAAAUGUCUGCCAGUAUUCCAUCAACUGACGGCUAUAAUAUUGGAUCUUCGAGUGUAGACCUAGACACUUUAUCGUGUAUUUCAACAUUGACAUCGGAUCUUACAGAUGACGACCGAGCGGUUGAGAAGUAUGGAAGUUUGUUGCUUUGUCCCGUCUGUAAUCAGUUGUUGACACAUCCAGUUUUGCUUCCCUGCCAACACAGCGUAUGUUAUGGAUGCGCCAGAUCACAAAUUCUCGCCACCGAACUGGAGGAAAAUCCGAGCGACGUCACACUAAAUACCACUCCAUUGACAAGUCGUUCGUCUGCAUCGGACUUGAAACAACGCUCACGACGAUUGACGUCAACUCCAUCAGAGUCAUCUCUAAGUAGAACGCAUAAUGGAACCAAAAAUGGUUGUGAUGCUUCACCAUCACUUCGAAUAAGACCUGAUUCGUCUAUUUCGGAAGUUAACGGUACUCACAAUGAAGACAGUCAAGUCGAUACAAGCAAAUCCGAAAGUCAGGUGUCUGCUAAAAAGAAGUCGAACAAUCUUCGUGCUUAUCUACCCAAAUUCUAUUCAUCUCCUCGUGGAACAAACUCGACUGCAAGCAAACGCCAAGAUGCAAAUGCAUCAGCUGUUACUUCACAGACUAGUUUUCUGGCAUCUUCAACUCCAGAACCAAGGCCCAAUUCGCCCAACUUUUCACGACAAUCGUCACAACGAAGCAUACAGUCUUUCGAUCAUGAUCUGUCAGUUAAACGUGACUCAGUUCCCGACUUGCGAUUCGGUAGUCCGACACCCCAUCGUCACGGGUAUACUUCUCCAACAUUUACGCCCACUUCUGACGUAAUCAAUUCAUCAUCAGGGUCGCUGAGAAGAUCAACAUCAGCGUCAUUUAUAGCUGGACGAUCUUCACUCCGGAGCAGUAAACGCAGAGAUACAAACGCGAUUAAGAGAAGCAAAGUUUCCUCUUUAUUCUGUCCAACAUGCGAAGCUUCGGUUCAACUCGGAAAACUGGGAAUCAAAGGAUUAUUUCGUAAUUUUGCCCUUGAAUCAAUAGUGGAAAGAUUUCGAAGCGCUGCAAGAGCAGCUGAAGCCAUCAGGUGCGGAUAUUGUAAACCACCCGCCGCAGAUGCUACCAGAUCAUGUCUUGAUUGCAAGCUUAGCUACUGUAACCAGUGUUACAAGACUGUUCAUGUUUGGGGAACGAAGAAAGCACAACAUGAAUUCAUUGGACCGACGAGUAAUUUUUCCAGACCUAAGGUGAUGUUAUGUCCAGAACAUUCUAACGAAGCUGUGACGAUGUAUUGCAACAGAUGUCAACAUUCUGUUUGCAAAGUUUGUAAAUCUAGAGGAGGACAUUCUAAUCACCCAACUAUUUCUGUUAAAAACGCGUACAAAGAAAGCAAAGCACAGCUUCAUUCUUUGUUGGAUGAAUUAAGAGAAAAAGAAUUAGAAACUCAAGAUCAAAUUGAGAGAGUGGAGAGAGAUGUCAAAAUAUUGGCGGCUGAAGAAGCCGACGUACGUGACGAAAUUCACUCCGCGAUCGAUGAAAUGCAUAAAUUAUUAGAGAUAAAACGAACCGAACUACUGGAAUCUGCCGACAGAACAGCAAGGACAAAAGAAAAGGAUCUGAGACGAACGCUACAGAACUUGAAAGAUAACGUAUUAUACUCGAGUGUUAUGGCAUUCGCGGAAGAAGUUUUACUUGAAACAGAUCCAGCUUAUUUUCUACAAACAUACAAAAUGGUGGAAACUAGAACGAGAGAAGCUAUCAGUCAUUUGUCAAAUUCUGUGUAUGGUUCUCGUGAUACCGAAUCAGAUAAUUCUCAAUUUCGAAAUUCUUUCUACGUGGAAGAAUCUCCUCUGCGAUCAUUACUUCCCGUAUAUUUGGAUGCUGAGGAUAUGAAAAAUACAUUGGGAGCACUCGACUUUAUUAAAAAACCUGAUUCUCUUACCAAAGUUGAACUCAAAUCAAUACAAUCUGAAGGAAGUGUUAUUGCCGAUGACGCUGCAUUAAGGCCAACAGACAUAAAAUGGACCCUUGGCCACAAACUACAAAAAGCUGAUUAUUAUCAGAUUUCAUAUAAUAGUAUCCAGAAUGGUGUUGAUAAUCUUAUCGAAUCUCAUACGGUACCUGGCUUGGAAUUUCGAAUUCCACCUUCAAGUGAAAUUCUACAAGAAAAGAGCGAUGUUAACUUGAAAGUACGUGCCGCAAAUAAGGCUGGAGUUGGAUCGUGGAGUGAUGUAACGACAAUAGCAAGCAAAUUUUUACGGAGAGAAAAUUUCAAAUUGGUGCAAAAGCAGCUGCCAUAUAUUGCUACGAUUGAGUGGAAUGGAAAAACCGUAAAAUUGAAGAAAGGACAAAAUAUGGCGUCGUCUAUCCAAUUCAUUCCAUAUUUCGGAGAAGCAAGAUUUGAAAAUGGGAAUCAUUACUGGGAAAUCGAGGCUACCGGUGGUUCGGAUUUCCAUCUUCUAAUUGGUGUAAUAAGCAUAGAAAAUAUGGUUGAUGGCGAUGAAAACUCUCAAACGAAUGAUUAUGGAAUGUUUGACGAAAUGUUAACAAAGGCGAUUAUAAUUGGUCGGGGAAUGUGCGGCAUCGGCGAAUUUUCCGACAGCGCACCCAGCAGUCGACGAAGUUCAUUUUCCGUCGAGAACAACAAAAAAUCAAAAUCGAAACCUAAAAGAACUCCUUCAGCAUUAUCAGCUUUAAAACCUCUGAAAAAAUUGAAAAAUUCUCUCCUGCGAACUUCAAGUAUAUCAAUGAAUGACCUGAGCAUGAAAAGCGAUACAAGCAGAAUCGACUCACAAGAAAACGUCGUUGUCAAGAAUGGCUCUGAAUACCAGUCUACCAUCCUUAGAUCUCCAUCGGUAACAUCUCUGCCUUCUAUAUUAUGGCGCGAACGUUCCGAUCGUACGUUUGAAUCAUCGACAUCACGAAACGUGAGAGCUUUCGAAAGCUACCGGUACUUUCGUAUCGGAAUUGAACUUGAGUUUUCCGAAAUUGGUAAAAGCACAAUUUCAUUUACUGAUGUAUCGGGAUAUAAUUCGAUACCAAUGUACACUAUUGAAUGUAGCAACAACACGAGUUCUUUGAGCCCGUUCUUUGCUGUUUCGGGAAAAGGCAGUGUUAAUUUUCUCUAAGUAGUCGAAUUUAAGUAUAAUGGAGUCGUGUGCAAGUUAUAUUACAUUACACUAGUGCUAAACAUAUGGAGUAGAAAAAAAGUUGUUAAUUAUGCUAAUAGCGACAGAAUGUUCACAUAUUUUGACUGCAUUUUCUCUUAGAUUGUGUUGCCAAAUGCUUUAUUAAAAAUUCAUAUAUUAUACGA